UAUUCUUUGUAGAGAAUCGUGACCCGAAGCUUGCGCACGCACGUUCGAAUCUGACUGUGGGAACGUUUCGCGGCCGUCGUUCUCACACGAGGCGGCGGUGCGCCUGCCUGACCCCUGCCGCCACACAUAAAUAGGUGCGCGGCUUUCUCACGCGCCUUCGCAUCCCCCCGUCCACCCUGAUAUCGUCUGCACUUGUUGAUUACGUGAGAGCGCACGUGAAAAGGGGAGGUGGGUGUCCAGAUGGAAUAGCGGGGAGGGAAGGGGACAGAUCAUUCCGUUAGUUUAUGUGUGUGUCCGCGCGCAGAACCGAAUAUCCAUACACAACACCGUGUGACGGGGUUUGGGAAAAAGUUGCGCAGCAGCUGACUUUCUUUUUUUUGUAUUAAAAUUUAACUGUUGUAAUUUUUUUUUUUGUUCGUGUUUUGGUUAUACCCCCUCCUCCACUACUUUCGGAUUCGGAACAAAUUAUGAAUUCGAUUUCAGUUUGUGUUUUGAUGUUGAAGUGAGUAGUGCACUUGAUCUCUCAUCUCUUUGCAACUCAUAAGGAUUACACAUUGCUUGCUCUUAUACUAUACAGAUUAAUGCUAUUGAUUUGUUAGCAUAAAUAAUUAUUGGAACAAUUAUUUAAUUAUCUGUUUCUUCAUUUAAACAAUCAAUCUGGAAUAUCACCCGUGUGUCACAAUGCCGGCAGAACGGCCACCCUCGAAGGCUAGUGAGAAUAGAAGGGCGACGAAACCAAUUAUGGAAAAACGAAGACGAGCACGCAUCAACCAGUGUCUGUCUGAAUUGAAAACUCUUAUUUUGGAUGCAUUAAACAAAGAUCCUUCCCGCCACUCUAAGCUAGAAAAAGCAGAUAUAUUAGAAAUGACGGUUAGACACUUGCAAAAUAUACAAAGGCAACAGAUGGCAACUGCCAUAUCAACUGAUUCAUCUGUUCUCAACAAGUUCAAAGCUGGUUUCAACGAGUGUGCAACCGAGGUGACACGUUACGUAAACCGAAUAGAAGGUGUGGAUCCUGGUUUACGACAGCGUCUUGUCUCCCACUUAUCGAAUUGCUUAACCACCAUGAACACUGCCUCUCAUUUCCAGCAGCAGCAGCACCCAUCCAACCUCACCUUCAACAGCUCCCUCCCUGGCAUGUUACAAUCUCUCAGUGUCCAAAUCCCAGGCGGUCUGGGCAUCAUGCCAGCUAACCGUUCCUCGUCCGGUGACAUCAACAACAACUCUUCACCGAGUGCACAAGGUGGCAAAAUGUUUACUGGACUCUCAGUCAUUCCUAGUCGGUUGCCAAACGGUGAAUUCGCAUUCCUGCUUCCAAGUCAGUCCAUUCCGAGUUCUGGAUCGAUGUCCUUUCACCUACCCUCUGUAAGUGCAUCGUCCAGUCUCCCAUCUUCUUCUGGUCCGGACAGGAACAGCCAAUCCUCUUGGCCACCUACUUCCCCAUCCUCUAAAAGAUCGGCAAGUCCAGAUGCCAUGUCUGAGGAUAAUAUUGUUCUCAGCCCAACGUGCAGCGACGCUGGUUCUGAUGUUUUUAUUGAACCUUACCAUCACUCAAAACAUCAUCAUGCGCACAUGCAACCAUUUAAGGAGAUGGUACUGGCUCCUGUACCUCGGCCAGUACACCGAUCUUCACCCAUGAAGGACAGAAAUAGUCAGUUGAUGCUCCGUCAUCCGGAAAAUGUUGAAUCAGAAAAUGUUUGGAGACCGUGGUGAAAUGUUAACGAACGUUUUGGUUCAUUCUUGUCUUCCGUUAAAAUUUGUGACAUAUAGUGACGACUUGUAAAGUUUUUAAGGGGAUGUUUUGUUUACCCAACCAAUGUUAUGUAAAGUGAUAAUCAAACGAUACAAAACUUAUAUCCGUGAGAUGAAAUAUUUAAAUAUAUACUGUUACUCGUGUUUCAUGUCAAUUACGAAUUUUUAGAAAUAUCAGUGGCGGAGAUAUAAAUUUCCAAUCGAGAGUUCCGGGAAUUUUGAGGACCCAGGAACGAAAUUCAAAUAUUGAGAUUUUUAAGAGUGGUGAAACUUCGUAAACCCUUAGCGACCACAAAAGUUUUAAGAUUGGCGACUACAUCACAUUCAAUCAGAAAAUUCGGUCUACUGCCAUGUUUGGACCAAAUUUUGUUUUAUUCUAAGAUAGAGCGUUCUUUUCGCGGUUAAUUUAAGAUCUUUAAGUGGUCAAGAAUUAUUAGCGCCUCCGCCACUGAUAUAUUUUAUCAAUUAAUUAUUUAUAAAUUGAACUGCACUUCCUCACCUUAUUUUAAAUAUUAUUAAUUAUAGCUGCCUAUUAUAUUUUAUUUUGAUAGUUUGGGCUAUUUAACAAAUUCAAAAAAUAAUUUGAAGCAUGGAAUUCAUGAAUAAGUUUUAAUUCAUAUCUCUUUUUAGAUUUUUUUUAAUUAUUUAUUUUCUUAAUAGUUAACAUGGUUUUCAAAGGCAGCUAUGAUUAAAAUAUUUAACUGUGAAUGUUGAUUAAAACUUUUAGUUUCAGUAACUUGGUUAUAAUAAAUAUUCAAUUGUAAUAGUACGUAUAAUGAUUAAUAUUCACAUUUUUUUUUAUUUCAAAUAAUUUAAAAAAAAUAAAUCUUUCAAGACUGGAAUUUUUUAAAUAUAAAUAAAUAAAGGUUUUCACUUUAUACUCUGAAAACCCUAUAAUUAGCUGUAACCUAAGUAAAAUGGUAAAUUGAAUCAUAUUUUCGUAGUUCUUUAACGUGGUGGGGUUGAAGUCAUAGCAAAUUUGCAUAUCAUAGUUAAAUAUUUAACCAUUUUUUCUGAGUAGUUUGUGAAGCCUCAUUUAUAAUUAAUUAUACGUACUAUUACGUCUGCAAUUAUUUUAAUGUAAUGCUGUUUUGUUCAUUUUUAUAUCACCAUAACAUGCCUUCAAAGAUCUCAUGCCGCAGUUCUUUCUAAAAUAGAUAUGAUAUAUAUAAUUUUUUAAUGAUUUUAAUAAGAUCAGAUUAUACUCAUAGUUUAUAUAUAAUAUAUUUGUACAUAUGUAAAGAUUUACUACUUUUUUUUUAGCUCUUUUGUUAUAUAAUUGAUCUCCUUUUUUUAGCAUUUUGAUUUGGCGAAAUUAUGAUCUCUUGGUAAUGUAAAUGUUUCUGUGAUGUGUAGAUAAAAAAAAAAACGUAUUAUUACUCAAGAUAUGCGUACGAGCUGUCAUGAAAAAUAUGUAUUUUAUGCUAAUUUAUAAUAUUUUAUGAAUGAAAAAGCAUUUAAUUAUAUACACAUGUUUUAUAUAUUCAUUUAAUUAAUAGUAAUUUCGAAUAUAAAAAGGAAACGGGUCAUUUUAGAUAAUUAUUAUUAAUUAAUAAUUAUUAAUUGACAAUAAUUAUUAAUUAGUUUAGUUUAAAAUCUCUAUGAAUGUUUAAAACUAUGUACCACCUUUGGAGAACUUCUCAUACAAAGACUUAAUACUAUGUGAACUAUAAAACUUAAGUAAUUGUAUUUAUAUUGUAAUUGCGUUUGUUUUUUUAUGAUACUGAAUUUGUUACUUCAGUUGGCUACCAUUCAGUGCCUUAAGAUUUGUAUUAUUUGUACAUACUUACGUUAAAUCUACUUUAUCUGUUUUAUUAAUUUUGAUUGUUAUGUUUAUAAUAAAAAUUAUCAGUGAUAUUCAAAA